ACUGGCGGCGCGCGCGCGACGACGCGCCCGCUGCUCUCCGCGGCCGCUCCGCUCCGCUCCAAGCUCCGCCGGCAACCGGGCCCCGCGCCAUCGAUCCCGCCGCCGCGCCGUACUCCGCGCCGCACGCUGCACGCUACACGCUACUCGCUCCGCGCGGACAACAUGAAACUGUGAAGUGUCGUGCCGUGCGGACAGUGAUCAUUGACUCCAGUGAUUAUUACACACUUAUUUAAAACUGUGAAAAAUGACGUCCCAGUUCGCUUUCCGUGGAUCGCCCCCCAACCAGAGCACCAUAUCGACAGCCUCCAACAGUCCGCCGCCGGCGCGGGCGGGGGUGAGCGGCGGGGGCGCGGGCGGUGCGGGGGGCGCAGCGCGGCCGAGCUCGCCCGCCGCCGCGCCGCGAUGCUGCGACACCGGCCGCCCUAUAUUUCAAGACCCUAUCACAGGACAAACAGUGUGCUCGUGCCAGUACGAGUUCCUCAACUAUCAGAGGCUAGCUUCGGGGGUACCGUUGUCGAUGUACAGCGCGCCCUACUCGGAGGCCGCCGCAGCGACAGCCGCCACCGCCGCCGGUAUGGCCGCAUACUUCCCCGCACUCUCCGCUGACCAGCCGCCGUUCUACACUAACACUGCUGCAGGAAUCGAGUUGAAGGAGAACUUAGCUGCGAGUGCUGCCAGCUGGCCGUAUCCCACAGUUUAUCACCCCUACGAUGCGGCAUUUGCUGGAUACCCUUUCAACGGGUACGGAAUGGAUCUAAAUGGUGCGAGGAGAAAAAAUGCAACCCGUGAAACGACAAGUACGUUGAAAGCCUGGCUUAAUGAGCACAAGAAGAACCCGUACCCAACCAAGGGUGAGAAGAUAAUGCUGGCGAUUAUAACAAAGAUGACGCUCACACAAGUGUCCACGUGGUUCGCGAACGCGCGUCGUCGCCUCAAGAAAGAAAACAAAAUGACCUGGGAGCCCAGGAACAGGGUCGAUGAUGAUGAUAACAACAAUGAUGAUGAUGACCACAAGAGUAACGACGGAAAAGAUGCACUAGAUGGUAAAGACUCAGGCACCGGCUCUAGUGAAGACGGGGAGAGGCCGCAACAGAGGUUGGACUUAUUAGGACAGCGAACAGAAUCAGAAUGGUCAGAAUCACGUGCUGAUAGCGGGCCAGAGUCACCAGAGCCAUAUGAAAGGCCUAUUCAUCCCGCUUACCAACAUUUACCUUCACGCGCUCCACCCGGCAGCACUUCAGCUUCAGCUAAGCCGAGAAUUUGGUCUCUCGCUGAUAUGGCGAGUAAGGAUGGGGAGACUCCAGCGCCACCGCCGUCGGCAUCGGUAUUCUAUCAAUCCGCCGCGGCAGCCGCCGCUCGCCUCGCUCAUCCUUACAGUAGGCCUGAACUGUACCGAGGUCUAUAUCCCCCCGCACAUCCUACAGACGUGGCGCUGCUGGAGUACUCGCGCUCGCUGGCGAUGGCGGCUCCGGCCCCCGCGCCCCCCGCUCCCUCCCCGUCCUCCUCGUCCACUUCCUCGCUAGCCGAGCCGCCGCCCCCGUCCCGCGCCUGACCGCCAGCCCUUCGCCCGCCGCUGGCGCACCGACAAUAAUUGCGAGGGCCAUCCUCUGUAAAUAAUGAUUAUAUAAAUAUGUAUACAUACGUAUAUAUACGUGAUAAUAAUUAAUUUAUGCACCGGUAGAGAAGCUUAGAUUUGUGAUAGUGGACACAAGCGUGAGGUUGACAACUCGCAACCGACGUCGGCGCCGCGCCGCGCCGUGCCGCGCCGACCGACCGACAAUAUUAGGUGCUAAUACAAGUUGGACCUUGCGACAUGUUGCUCUAGUUAUUAUUGGAGGUGGUUAAAUGAAAGUGAAAAAUAGGUAUUAAUAUGUGUUAUGUUUCUUUAGGCGAACGGUAACGUUCUAGACUAUUAAUUUGGUAAUUAUGUAGAGUGUAAAUUAUUUUCGAAAUGUUCUCCUUUAUAUUUAGUGCCUAAUUACGUCCAUUUUUUUUCUAUUGUUCUAUUAAAAUAUAUAACCUUCGAAUUAUAAUAUUUAUUGAUACGAGGUCAGUAAUAAUAAUAAAUAAUUUUAUGUUUAAAUUGUAACAUACCGCCACUCACCAGAUUCUAUCUUGAAGUUGAAUAUCUGUUUGAUUAAUUUCUAGUCAAAAGACUAUGAUUGUCUAAUUUAAACAUUACCUAUAAUGUAAAGCAUUAUUUUGAACUAGCAAGAAAUUUUGUAUGUACACAUUUGUCUGGGAAUUUGUCAAGACAGUCAGACGGCCAUCAGUCUCUACAAGUUUCUUUGAAAUAAAUUUACAAAACAAUAUACCUAAUUAUUGCUAUCGCAUUUGUAAUCACAGAUAUUAAGUACAGUAAAAGUAGUAUAUUAAAUGUAUGAGUGAAUUUAAAAAAAAUAUACUCCAGUAAUGGAAUAAUUAGAUAUAUUAAGUAUCUUAGAGAUCUUCUUUUUAAAUAAACCAAAAAACCAUUAAUUACGUUCCUUAUUUAGUAUUCCUUUAAAAUAUGACGUUAGUUUUAGUACGUAACGUACGUGACGUUUUAGUAAGUAAAGUUUUACUAAAUAAAAGAUAUAGUUUCAUUAAUUUCCAAGUCAAAAUUAAAAGGUUUUUAU